GAAGCGUCCAAAAAAAAUCGUAACCCGGAAGUACUUCGUUAUUCUUGCUCGCUUCUCAGCGGUCCUUUUGUUGAGGGCUGGGUGCUAUCCAGUUGAAGGUGAAACAAAUUGAAAUAUAACUCGGUGAAAUCUAAACCGGUAUGAAAAGUCGAUAAUUAAAGCGUUUUGUUCAAAUAUUCUUCGGGGAAAUCCAUUAAAGUUUCCCCCCCAACUUCAACUAUUAAGGCAUAAUCUGGCGCAAGGUUAGCGGGCUAACAUUAGCUGAUUAAACUAGCACACCUAGUUAACAAGCCUGCUACAUUUUUUUAAAUAUUAUUUUAAACGGAAAAAUUAUCACAGGAAUAUUAUGGCAGAAGCCGAUAAAUUAAACAUCGACUCCAUCAUACAGCGACUUCUGGAAGUGAAGGGCUCCCGACCUGGCAAAAAUGUGCAGCUGACGGAGAACGAGAUUCGUGGCCUCUGCCUCAAGUCCCGGGAGAUCUUCCUCAGCCAGCCAAUACUGCUCGAACUCGAGGCGCCACUCAAGAUUUGUGGUGACGUCCACGGUCAGUACUACGACCUGCUGAGACUAUUUGAGUACGGAGGCUUCCCCCCGGAGAGCAACUACCUGUUCUUGGGGGACUAUGUGGACCGAGGAAAGCAGUCAUUGGAGACAAUCUGCCUGCUGCUGGCCUACAAGGUCAAAUACCCAGAGAAUUUCUUUCUGCUGAGGGGCAACCACGAGUGUGCCUCCAUCAACAGAAUAUACGGCUUCUACGAUGAGUGUAAGAGGCGGUACAAUAUCAAGCUGUGGAAGACCUUCACCGACUGCUUCAACUGCCUGCCUGUGGCGGCCAUCGUCGACGAGAAGAUAUUUUGUUGUCAUGGAGGCCUGUCCCCUGAUCUCCAGUCUAUGGAGCAGGUGCGGCGGGUGAUGCGGCCCACGGACGUGCCUGACCAGGGCCUGCUAUGCGACUUGCUGUGGGCAGACCCGGACAAGGAUGUGCUGGGCUGGGGAGAGAAUGACCGUGGCGUCUCCUUCACCUUUGGUGCCGACGUGGUCACCAAGUUCCUCCACAAGCACGACAUGGACCUCAUCUGCAGGGCCCACCAGGUGGUUGAGGAUGGCUACGAGUUCUUUGCGAAGAGGCAGCUAGUGACACUGUUCUCGGCCCCCAACUACUGCGGCGAGUUUGACAACGCCGGAGCCAUGAUGAGCGUGGACGAGACCCUCAUGUGCUCCUUCCAGAUCCUGAAGCCUGCAGACAAGAAGCUGUUCUAUGGGGGUGGAGGAGGCAUGGGCUCCGGACGUCCUGUCACCCCCCCCAGGAAAGCCAAGAAGUGAAAUGACUCGCCCCUCCCUCAGCCUCCACCUGCACUCCCACCAUGUUUGCCCUCUCUACCUCUCUUUCCUCUCUUUCACCAAACAGCCAGAAAUCAAACCAGUACCCAGGGCUUUUUCCUUUUUUUAUCGUAAGAAAAACAUGUAAUGCUAUGAAUUGUCUAUGAGUGGGUGUUUGAGAGAACGAGACAUGGAAUGCGUGUGUUUCCGUCUGCAAGCGAGCAUUAAAAAGUGUGUGCGUGUGUGUGCAUUAUGUGCGAAAAUUUGAGAGAUUUGUACUAUCCCCUUCUCUUACCACUUUGCCCCAUUUGAAAGGAUGGAACCACAGUGUCGUUCUGUACAGUAAUUGUGACUGAAAAAAGCUGGGUUCGGGAGACAGCUGACCUGAUGAAUUUAGCAGCAAACUCGUGCAAACAGAUGGUGUGUUUGUGCAAAGGGGGAUUAGUUAGUUUUUUCCCUGUCCCCUGUACUGUAAAAUAUCAAACAGAUGUGUAUGUGCCGUGUGACUACUCCCGCUUCAAGAAAGACAUUUGAAUAUCCUCGAGCAGGAGAGGUUAAAUGUGUCAAUUGUCUCAAAGGAAAGCAAGCAUGCCCUCCACUCGCACACACAUACAAUGACCCUUUUCACAGAUUCAUACGAGCCAGAGCUGUAAAAACCACACAAUUUAGGUUUGUACAGAUUUGAUUACUUGAAAGAGAUUUUUUGUGAAUUCGUUUUGUAGUCUCAUCAAGUUGACCAAUAAAGCAAGAAUCUGAAUGAAGUUCUUCAUUCAUUGCUUGUCUUAUCUUUGCUAACCACUGCAGUUUGUUGUCAUAUUAAAAGGAAUGAUACCCUUAUCCCCCUC